AUGACUCUGACCUUAGCUGUCAAGAGAGGUUGGACUGUUUUUGAACUUGAUGUCAACAAUACUUUUCUCCAUGGUGACUUAAGUGAGGAGGUCUACAUGAAGGUUCCUCCUGGACUUGAUAUUUCUUUUUCUUCCUCAUCUCUACCACUGGUUUGCAGACUUAAGAAGUCCCUCUAUGGCCUCAGACAGUGGUUUUCAAAACUUUCUGAAGCCCUGUUAUCUAGAGGUUACAUUUCAAGUCUUAAUGAUUAUUCUCUCUUCCCCAAAUCAACCUCUAAUUCUCUGGUGGUCCUUGCUGUGUAUGUGGAUGAAAUCCUCUUAGCUGGGGAUGAUGUAUCUGAAUUGAACUCAUUAAAGUUCUUCUUGGAUUCUCAAUUCAAGAUCAAGGACCUGGGUACAGUACACUAUUUUUUGGGGUUAGAAGUUUCUCAACAUCCUCAAGGCUAUCUUAUGACUCAACAGAAGUAUGCCAAUGAUCUCCUUGCUGAAUUUAAUUGCCAACAUUUCUCACCUGUUCUCACUCCCUUGAAUUCUUCCUCCAAACUGGUAUUGGACUUGGGAGAACCACUAAUUGAUCCCAGCACCUACAGAAGAUUGAUAGGUAAACUCAACUUCCUUCAACAUACCAGGCCAUAUAUUUCUUUUUCUGUACAACACUUGAGUCAAUUUCUUCAGAAGCCUCAAGUGCCCCACAUGCAGGCUGCUCUGCAUGUCCUAAGGUACCUUCUAAAUGAUCCAGCUCAGGGUAUUCUACUGCACAGUAGUUUUGAUUUCUCUGUUCUUUGUUAUUCUGACUCUGAUUGGGCUGCCUGUGAUGUCUCUCGCAAAUCUAUCUCUGGUUUCUGUAUAACUCUUGGUGGCAGUCCUAUUUCAUGGAAAAGCAAGAAGCAGCCCACUAUAUCCUUGUCUUCAGCUGAAGCUGAGUACAGGACCUUGAGGAAGACUGUAGCUGAAAUCUCUUGGUUAGUUAGACUUUUGGGUGAUCUUGGUCUGCCUAUUCACAGCCCUGUCCCCAUUCACUAUGACAGUCAAGCAGCAUUACAUAUAGCCAAGAACCCUGUUUUCAUGAACGUACUAAACACAUAG